AUGGUUAAGACAGACAAAUCUGCAUUAAUGAGAAUUUUGGAGGAAAAGUGUACAGAUGUCCAAAUGACAAAGAUCCCGCAAUCAGCAAUAAUGUUGGAUGCCGUGGCCCAUAUUCAGUCACUUCGAGUCACUACUGAUCUUGCUUUGACACAGAUUGCUAAUAUGAGAAGAGCAGGCAAAGGGGCUGAAGUAAUUACCGAUAUACAGUCCAGAGCAGAAAACUCCCCGACAGUUUCAGAAAUUUUUAUCCGAUGGAAAGAACAUGCAAGGAAUCACUGCUGGCAUUUUUUUUUCAGUCUUGGCUUCAGCACAACUUACAACGGACAUCAUGAUUUAUGUAGCUCAUGGGAACUUUGUCACAAGUUGUCAUGGACUCAGCAUGGACGCAGUGAAGUUCAAGAGUGCCGCGUUUUGGAGAGUGACCAUGAAGAGGCUGAUACCAGACUCAUCGUACAUGCUGCGCAUGCCAGCUUCGACCAUUCCAGUGUUACCAUUAAGAGUCCAGACACCGACGUCGCAAUCCUGGCACUUAGUCAUCAGGAAUCUGCAGGAAGCAAGAUUUGGUAUGCACUGACCUAUGUAAAUGCACAGAGUGUGGAAAUGGAGAUAUUAUUACAGAUGAAGAAGUAG